AUCACAGAAUCUAGGGGGUCAUUCUGUGAUAGCAGCCCUACAUCCCCCUUGCUGCCAGACCCAGAACCAACAAAGAAAUGAGACUCACUUUUUCCGCCUUAUUAUCCUUCGGGAUAAUAGGGUUGUGCCUGGCUUCUGCAGAACAACAAGUAAGAUGGUGUGCCAUAUCAGAAAACGAGCUGAAGAAAUGUAACGAAUUUAAGGAAGCCUUAAAGACCACCAAGAGCCCCAGUCUGGCCUGCAUUAAGAAAACCUCCCACAUGGAUUGUGUCAAGGCCAUCUCAGAUAAUGAGGCUGAUGCUGUGACUAUCGAUGGUGGUUUUAUCUAUGAAGCAGGUCUGGUCCCCUACAAUCUGAAACCCAUUGUUGCUGAAGAUUAUGGUACCGAAGAAAUUCCUCUGUCUCAGUACUUUGCUGUGGCUGUUGUGAAGAAAGGAACUGGUUUCCUAUUCAAGGACCUCAAAGGCAAGAAGUCCUGUCACACUGGCCUGGGCAGGUCAGCUGGGUGGAUCAUCCCUGUGGGGACACUUUAUUCACUUGGCCUGUUGGAGUGGGAAGGACCACCAGAACCCAUCGAGGAUGCUGUGGCCAGGUUCUUCUCAGGCAGCUGUGUUCCCUGUGCAUUGGGAAGGAAUCCUAAAUUGUGCUCUUUGUGUGCCGGAAAAGGUGGUGAUAAGUGUGUCUGCUCAGACAGAGAACCUUAUUUUGGCUACUCAGGAGCAUUCCAGUGCCUGAAGGAUGAUGUUGGAGAAGUGAGUUUUGUCAAGCAUACAACUGUGUUAGAAAACCUUCAAACCGAGGCUGAAAAAGAAAAUUAUGAGCUACUGUGCCCUGAUAACACAAGAAGGUCCAUUGAUCAGUACAGGGAGUGCCACCUGGCCAGGAUUGCUGCUCAUGCUGUUGUGGCCCGAAGUGUGAAUGGCAAGGAAGAUUUGAUUUGGGAUCUUCUCUCCAUUGCACAGGAGCAUUUUGGCAAGGGCAAAUCAGAGAAAUUCAAGCUAUUUGCUUCCCAACAUGGAAAAGACUUGCUAUUUAAGGACACUGCUAAUAGACUUCUGAGAGUACCUCCAAAAAUGGACUACGAAUUGUACCUAGGAUACAAAUUCAUCCAGGCCAUCAAGCCUAUGAAGGGUCAUGCCCUAGACAAGAUUCAUCCCUUAGGGGACAAGAAGGUGAAGUGGUGCACAGUAAAUGAUGAUGAAAAGAAAAAAUGUGAUGAAUGGAGCGUGUUCAGUAAUGGAGUUAUUGCAUGUGAAGUAGGAGAAAACUCUGAAGAUUGCAUUGUCAAGAUAAUGAAAGGGGAAGCUGAUGCCAUGAGUACCGAUGGAGGAUAUGUUUAUAUUGCUGGCAAGUGUGGUUUGGUACCUGUCCUAGUGGAAAACUACACACCUAAGGAUGGACAGAGUCAUGGGGAGGACUGUGUGAAUAAACCUGCUCAGGGUUAUUAUGCUGUGGCCGUUGUUAGGUCAGGUACUGAUCUCUCAUGGAAUUCACUGAAAGACAAGAAAUCCUGCCACACUGCAGUUGGCAGAACUGCUGGCUGGAACAUUCCCAUGGGCCUGAUAUACAACCAAACCCAUUCCUGUGCAUUUGAUAAAUACUUCAGUGAAUCUUGUGCUCCUGGUGCUGAUCCUACUUCCAAUCUCUGUAGCUUAUGUAUUGGCAAUCCAGACUCACCAGUUUUGGAUAAAUGUGCUUCUAGUACCAAAGAAACCUACUAUGGCUACAAUGGGGCUUUUAGAUGCCUGGCUGAGAAUAAAGGAGAUGUUGCUUUUGUGAAACACAGCACCGUCUUGGAUAAUGUAAAUGAAAAGAAUACAGAAUCUUGGGCAAAAAAUCUGAAAAGUGAUGACUUUAAGUUAUUGUGUUUAAAUGGACAACAGAAGGAUGUGUACGAAUUUGAGAAUUGUCACUUGGCCAAGGCACCAAACCAUGCUGUGAUCUCCCGCCAAGAAAAGGCAGCCUUAGUUCGCCAGGUGUUAUUGGAUCAACAGAGCCAUUUUGGAACUUAUGGGACAGAUAAAGAAACCUUUAAUAUCCUACCCAAAACUGGAAACCUCCUGUUCAAAGACAACACUGAGUGCUUGGCAAAAAUCCCAGAUGGCAGCACUUAUGAAAGUUUCUUAGGAAAAGACUAUGUCACAGCGGUUGGCUCUCUCAAGAAAUGCUCGACUUCCUCUGUCCUGCCUGUUUGUGAAUUUCACAAAUUCUAGAAAGCCAGGAAAAUCAGACAUCCACCUAUGAGGGACUAGCCACCAGAUUGUUAUAUUUCUCUUUGCUGCUCUCUUUCCUGAUCACCAAGUAUGGUGGGGACUUCCUUCUCACUUUCUUUUAACAGAUGAUCCUAGAGAGGAAUAUUGUCUUCAAUCUUCACACUUCCCUAUUUUCAUCUGAACAAUAAAUAAAGUGGAAGAAUGUCACUGA